AUGACUGUCACAAGUGUAGGCAUGGAGGAGGUUCGAGCGGCCGUUAACGUUGCUCUGGAUGAGCUACGAGAAUCGCUACGAAAGGUGAACCAGGAGAUCUGGUCAAACCCCGAGCUUGCGUACGAAGAGCACCAUGCCCACGAUACCAUCUGCACAUUUCUCGAAAAACAGGGAUUCACAGUUACUCGCCAUGCAUAUGGCCUUGGUACCUCUUUUGAAGCAUUGAGUGGAUCCGGUGGUCGCCAGAUCAAUUUCAAUGCGGAGUAUGAUGCCUUGCCAGGUAUUGGACAUGCCUGCGGACAUAACCUCAUUGCCACUAGCAGUAUUGUUGCCUUCCUGGCUCUGUCAUUUGCCUUGAAGAAGUUUGGCAUUCCCGGGCGAGCACAAUUGCUGGGCACUCCCGCGGAGGAGAAUGGCGGCGGCAAGGCCGUGCUUAUUGAUGCAGGAGCCUACAAAAAUGUCGACAUCUCCCUUAUGGCUCACUCUGGGCCAAAGAAGCUGUUCCCCGACCAAGAGCCGUCCGACGGAAUUGCGGGCACUUUGAUGAAUGCACGCAAGAACAUCCAUUGCGAAUUCAGCGGCAAGAGUGCUCAUGCUGGAGGUAACCCUUGGGAUGGUAUCAAUGCGCUGGAUGCCCUGGUCACAUCGUAUAACAACGUUGCGGUUUUGCGCCAGCAGCUGUUGCCUGAGCAGCGUGUUCAUUGUGCCUUUAUGGAUACUCCCAAGGUCGCCAACGUCAUCCCUUCACAUACCAAGGCAUUCUGGCAGGUUCGAAGCCCCUCUCUUAAGGGACUCAACAACCUGGUUACCAAAGUGCGCAAUUGUAUUGAGGCGGGUGCUCUGGCGACCGGAUGCUCCGUGGAGAUCAAAGAGGAGGAGCUCUAUACCGAUGUGCGGCUCAAUGAUAUCCUGUGUGAACGGUAUCAAGUUCAUAUGGGGGAGUGGGGCCGUAAGGUGCUCAAGAGACAUGACAAAGUGUUGACUGCGUCUUCUGAUAUUGGAAACGUCAGCUACGUCACACCUACCUUGCAUACUAUGUUCGGAAUCCCCACGCCCGAAAACACAUUCCCCCAUCAUCCCACAUAUACUGCCUGUGCUGGCACCGAUGAGGCACAUGAAGAGGCAUUGAUUGUGGGCAAGGCACUGGCGAUGAUUGGAUGGGAUAUGAUCACGAAUGAUACCUUGUUCGAGACGGCGCAUCAGCAGUGGAAAAAGGAGAUUGAGCGUGAUGAUUGA